AAGUCGGCACAGAUUGAUCACUUCGCGUGAAAAAACCCGUCAUAAUGUCGAAUUCGGCACAAGAGGAAGAAAAUGAUGCAGCCGACGACGUCGACGACGCGACACGUUUCAACGGCCGAGUAAUGUCUCCGCUCGAGGCGAACGCAGAACGAGAACUCUGUGCAGCAAGACCUCCCACCGACGUGCACCAAAACGGCCAGUCCCCUACACAUGAUCAUCUUCUGCCCCCUGCUCUGCUAAAGCGCCCGGCGAACUUGCUUAUCAGGUAUUUCGCGAAGAAGCACUAUAACUAUGGCUAUGUGGUUCUCUUCCUCGCCUUCCUCGGUUGCACCUUCACAGCCCCAGGGCAAGCCUCGACCAUUGGUACCACGACGAAGAAAAUUUCGGAAGAGCUGCAAAUCGAUAUCCAGCAGAUUUCGGAGUUGUGGUUCAUCGCGACCGUUUUCUCCGCCCUGACCCUACCGGCGUUCGGGAAGCUGCUCGACCUUCUCGGAGUCACCGUGAUGUUUCCGGUCUGUGUUUUCCUGGUCGGAUUUUCGGCGUUUUGGUACUCCGCUGUCGGUGCUGGAAACACGGCGUAUUUCGUGUACGACACUACAACUUCUGUUACGGCUUCUUCUGUGGCGGCGAAAAACAGUGGGGGCGUCGUGGGGCCUUCUGCGAUCGAAAAUUUUGACGAUUUUUCCCCCGAUAUAGCGUCGACGAGCACGAGAACAUCCGCAGUAGAACUACCUGAUGAAAAGACGAUUUUUGGGUCUGCGAAUCUAAUGUUGAUGAAUCUUCGGAGUCUGCUUUCCUCGGAUAGAGCACUGUCGACGUUGUCUCGAAGCACUUCCUUGCUCCCUCCGGCCUCUCAAGCAGAAGCUCAAGAUCAAUCGACAAAAGGAGCACAACUGAGAGGACAAAAAGCAUCCGCAACUAGUACAAUGCCCUCUGCCACUAGUACUUCUGCGACUGCGCAAGCAGGUACUUCUGCAAGGACUGCAUCAAUAAAUGCACACGUCGGAAAAAAUACUGUUCCUUUUCAAACUAAACUCGAACUGUGCGUCGGGCUGUACCUGCUUCGAACCACGGGGAACGGCUGCCUCUGGGUCGCGUCCGUUUACGCAGUGAAUCAGUGGUUUAUCGAGAAACGGGCGGAAAUGCAGGGGCGACUGCUGCUGGGUACCGGGGCGUCGUUGCUCUUCUUUGCAUCCGCGGUGGAAGCGCGGAUCGAGUGGUAUGGGAAAACUGAUGAAGAAAGUGACGGUAGCAGUACUAAAGGUUGGCGAAAAGCGUUCUUCGAGCUGGGGCUGCUGGAGCUGUUCUUUUUGCUUCCAAUCGCCGUGCUGUUUAUGGCGGAGUAUGCGAGAACAUUUUUGAAUGGUCGUGGUCGUGCGUGCGAUGCAGCUAUGCAGCACUAAGUAUGAAAAAGAAUAUAAAUGCAGAAUCGUUGUAAUGGCAGCUGCCCAAUGCCAAUCGCAAUCAUUCGAGUACAGGGAACUACAACGCACCGAGUGCUAUGUAUGAGGGGUUUUAUUUCCUCGAGUCAACACGUUUUGACAUUUUUGCGCGUAUAGUGAGCAACUUCAUUGUCCGAAAAAUCAGGCAUCGUCAUCGAUCUGAAAUCACCAGCAGUAGAUGACCAGUUCUCCAACUACGAGAGAAACAUGCGCCUCCACACUGCAUGUAUUUUUCUUUCCGAUACCGACAGGCCGGAGAACUACGGACUCGCAGUGGAUACCGGAUUGCCUUUGCCGGCUGAAAAGAUCGAUAACUUUGCUGGGCUUUCAAGUUCUUGUUCUAGGAUGAAAUCUCCAAAUAGACAUGGACACGCAGGAAGUAGACCCGCAUCAUCAUCAACUUCACUCGCCAGCCGGGCAAAGACGGUGGGUAGGAAACGGGACGUUGCAGCUUAUUCGGCGAUCGAACUGGAAAAUUUGGUCGAUGACGAUGAAGAGGACCACGGGGUAGUAGACGAUAAAACUUCACACAAAAAGAAAGACCGUUCAUUAGAAAAGGAUGACGCAGAGGAUGCGGAACUAGUAGAAUCCGCACAACACCUAAAAGAGGACGUCACCAAGCCGGUAGAAGGACCACUACCCGCAGAGGAACAAAACUUCACGCUCUCCGAAGCGGUGCGAACCGUUCACUUUUGGCUUUUCUCACUGACCAUGGCGGUGACAGGCGGGCUGAACGCGGCGUUGCUGAUUCACUUGGAAUCAAUUCUUCUGGGAGGUGGCGACGGUCGUGAGGGUACACGUAGUACAACUGAUCAUGGCGAAGCGAGGACCCCUACAGAGACAGCUUUGUCACCGUCCAGCACAAUAAGUAGACAUCAGAUCAAAACUAUCCAUCCCGCCGACCUGUCCUAUUUCUACGUCUCCAUGGGUAUUUGCGGUUCCCUCGGCAGUUUGGUCGCGGCCAAGAUGUAUGGGUGCUUUAUUACGCCACCGGAUAGAAUAAAUAAUUCAAAUAGUACAACUUGUACUUCCAAAUCCAAAGCCAACAACUAUGACCAGAGAAAUUACCCCUCGCAGCUCAUUGCUAUGAUGGCAAACAAUUUUGAAAUUUUGUGCUUCUGGGGCACCGCGGUGUUUUUGUCGAUCGAGCGGGAUGAACUACAGCAGCGAGCCGUGCCGGCUUCACCGAUACUUGCAAAAACGGAAACAGAUGUCGAAGUGAAUAAAAACUCAAGGCAGAACUUUUUGCUCUCGUCCUUCGCCACAACCCCUUCUUUCCAAAGAGGGUUUAUUUCACUCCUUGGCGGGCUACAGGGGCUCGCCACCGGUUUUAACAACACGCUACAAACCACCGCACAUGCGCGGGCUUUUGGGAGAUUGCACAACGGGGCGAUUCAGGGUUUGGCCAAGGCCAUUAUGGUCAUCGGCAGUGCGGUCGGGCCAGAAUUACUGAUUCUGCUGUCGUCUUCCGGAAAUACUACGGGCGACGGGAAAAUUAAGACAACUCUUCCUGAUUUCACAAAAAGCCUCGUGUACCUCACCGCGUUUCCGUUAGUGUUGAAUGUUUUGUCUGUGUUGUCGCUGUUAUUUUCGAGAAAUAAAGAAAGUACAAGUACAAGUACUAGUAUUGCGGGAACAAAUUCGUCAGAUGAAAGCUUUACACGCACGCUGCAGGAGCGCCACGAAAAAACAAGAAAAGCAACUUUCCAAGAAUAG